AUGAAGCUCAGCUCUCUCCAGGCUGUGGCACUUUUGAGUGCUAUAGCAAUGAGCAGUGCCCUUCCCCUAGCAAAGCGGAACGUGGAUUCCACCUCCGCCGCUGAAUGGGAUGGUGGCGGUGACAUGGCCCCUGAUAAGCGCAAUGUCGACUCGACCUCGUCUGCUGAGUGGGAUGGCGGCGGUGACAUGGCCCCUGACAAGCGCAAUGUCGACUCGACCUCGUCUGCUGAGUGGGACGGCGGCGGUGACAUGGCCCCUGAUAAGCGCAAUGUUGACUCGACCUCGUCUGCUGAGUGGGACGGCGGCGGUGACAUGGCCCCUGAUAAGCGCAAUGUUGACUCGACCUCGUCUGCUGAGUGGGACGGCGGCGGUGACAUGGCCCCUGACAAGCGCAAUGUCGACUCGACCUCGUCUGCUGAGUGGGACGGCGGCGGUGACAUGGCCCCUGAUAAGCGCAAUGUCGACUCGACCUCGUCUGCUGAGUGGGACGGCGGCGGUGACAUGGCCCCUGAUAAGCGCAAUGUCGACUCGACCUCGUCUGCUGAGUGGGACGGCGGCGGUGACAUGGCCCCUGACAAGCGCAAUGUCGACUCGACCUCGUCUGCUGAGUGGGAUGGCGGCGGUGACAUGGCCCCUGACAAGCGCAAUGUCGACUCGACCUCGUCUGCUGAAUGGGAUGGCGGUGGUGACUGGGCCCCUGACAAGCGCAACGUCGACUCGACCUCGUCUGCUGAGUGGGAUGGCGGUGGUGAUAUGGCCCCUGAUAAGCGUUCCCUGUAA